GCUCGAAUUUCAAUCGCCGGCGGCAGAAAUGGGGAAGAAAAGCAAGAGAAGCCAUGACGACCCUGAGCUCGAAUUAGAGCCCGAGCUAACUGAAAGAAUCGACGGUGACUUUACGAAGAAGAAGAAGAAGAAGAGAAGCCAUGACGAUUCGGAGCAAAAGGUGAGUCUCGACGGAGACGCGAAAAAGGAGAAGAAAAAAAAGAAGAAGAAAAGCAAGGAAGAGGAGGAGCAAACGAUAAUCCAAGAGGAGGAGGAGAAGAAGCAAAAUGUAGAAGAAAAGAAACACGAAGAAAGGCCUACAGUUACUAUAGCCAUAGCUGGUUCCAUCAUCAACAACACUCAAUCACUCGAGCUCGCGACACGUCUUGCUGGCCAAAUUGCUCGUGCAUCCACAAUUUUUCGAAUCGACGAGAUUGUAGUGUUUGACAAUAAGAGCAGCAGCUCAGAGAUCAACUUAUCUGAUAGCAAUGAAAGUGGGGCCCCAUUUCUCGUUCGUAUCUUGAAGUAUUUAGAGACACCACAGUAUUUGAGGAAGACUCUCUUCCCCAAGCACAAUGAUCUUAGAUUUGUGGGUAUGUUGCCACCUCUUGAUGCUCCUCACCAUCUGCGUAAGCACGAGUGGGAACAAUUCCGUGAAGGUGUGACGCUAAGAGAAAAGCCAAUAAACUCUGAGGGUACAUUGGUUGAUGUGGGUCUAGACAAGAGUGUUGUUGUUGAUCAAGUGCUUAGUCCAGGUGUUAGAGUCACGGUAGCCAUGGGAACCAACCGUGAUUUAGAUUUGGUACGUCAGAUAGUUCCAUCCUCUAAACCAAGGGAAGAAGCCGGGAUGUAUUGGGGAUACAAAGUACGAUAUGCAUCACACCUAAGUUCAGUAUUCAAGGAAUGCCCUUUCGAGGGUGGUUACGAUUAUUUGAUUGGUACCUCAGAGCAUGGCCUGAAAAUUAGUUCAUCAGAGCUGAAAAUACCAACAUUUAGGCAUCUAUUGAUUGCAUUUGGAGGACUUGCUGGUCUUGAAGAAAGUGUUGAAGAAGAUAAUCAGUAUAAGGGGAAAAACGUUCGAGAAGCGUUUAAUAUAUACUUGAAUACAUGUCCACAUCAAGGAAGCCGAACCAUUCGAACAGAGGAAGCAAUGUUUAUAUCACUUCAGUACUUCCAAGAACCCAUUAGCAGGGCAAUGAGAGGAGUUGAAGCUUGAUAAAAAAAAGAGUCAAUGGAGAAGCUAUUGUGUGACAUAGAUUUGAGGUAUUGAUGAAGAAGAGGUGAUGAAUGUCGAGAAAGCUUUUCCUAAUUGAUGUUUUAGAGUUUGAAUUAAUUUCUCUUCUAAUCAUACUAUAUCCUAGUAUCGGUAUUAAAUUUUGUAAGCCAAGACAUGUACUCAUUUUGACAAUGAAGAAGAACUAAACUAUGGAUUACAAACUAAAGUUUUUUCUUGUUCUUGUUAAACAUUUCCUUGGG